AUGCAGCUGCAAGAACCCACGCCGCCGCACAACCUCAAGCUUGAGACAAAAGGUAUCAACGAUGACAGAGGAAGGCCACGCAGCCGGUCCGAGGACGACGACUCCAAGACCAACGACCAUGGCGCGGAUCACGCUGGUGAUGGAGCCAACUCGUCCAACUCUGAUGGCCCAUCGCGCAAACGACGGCGAAGCCGCAAAGGCCUAGACAAGAAAUUCGAAUGCCCGCACGAGGGUUGCGGCAAGAGCUACUCCAGGGCAGAACAUCUGUACCGACACCAGCUGAACCACACGCCAAAGCAGAUAUAUGUUUGCGAUGUCGGCGACUGCGGACGGACCUUUGUGCGACUUGACUUGUGCAAUCGCCACAAGGACCGCCACAACUCCAAGGGCUCUUCCUUGAACCGGAAGGACUCGUUGAUGGGCCAUCUCUCGCCCGUCGCAGCUAUGAAGCCUGGCCCCAUGCCCACCUCGCCCGAGCUCAGCAGGUCCGGCGCGGGCUUCAAUGGCAUGCACGUCGAUCAUGCGCAUUACCACUCACCAAAACCCGACAUGAACAGUGCCUACCCGCCCCUCGCAAACACGCCACCUACGGCGUACCCCAACACCGCGCACGCGAACCCGAUGGACUACAUGCCCCGCGACGGAGGCUACGGGCAGAUGCACGCGCAGGAGCAAUCUCAUUCGCCCACGGUCACUCAGAGGCCGUCCGUCCAAACAAAUGUCGGUCCUUACGGGGUGUUGUCGCCCGUCUCAACCCAGCAUAGUUACAACAGCCAGCCUGCUAACACGCCGCAGUCUGGAGUAUAUGCUCAAAACUUCCCCGGCCUGAGCCUCCCUCCUUCCGACUUUGCCCCCACCCCCGCGGCUCCGGUCCACAGAGACAGCACCUCGGCCUAUGCACCCACGACAACUGCAGAGUAUUCCGAGCAGAGCCACGAGCAAAACGGGAGCGACAUGGUGAUGCUCGACCAGAUGGCCAUGGCGAACACCAUGCCCAUGUUCGGACCGAGCGAUGGAGUACUACAGAAGUCGCCGUACGUGGUGGGCAUGCCCGACGACUUUUUAUCGUAUCUCUUCAGCAACUCGCCGCAGACAGACGCCGGGUCUCCCCUUGGUCAGAUGGCCGCGCAGAACUCGUACUCUGGAUAUGGCGAAUUCCAACCCAACCAGUAUGGUAUACCUUUUUACGGAGCAGAUCCCUCCCAGAUGGGGUACUUUCCCACGACGGGCAAGCAGGCCGUCAUGUCGGUUACGAGCCUCUUGGACCCCAAUCUGCCCGAGUCGCUGCUCUCCGAGGAUAAGAGCACAGAGAUUUACGAGUUUAUCGAGAAGAAAUUCGUCGAGAAUGGACACAGCCCGAUCGAAUGGCUUCGGGCCAAAAUCUUUGACGGCGAAAGGAGCGACGAGACUAACGUGCUUAGCCGCCAGAUGAUGCAGAAGUACAUUGGCUCAUACUGGUUGCACUUCAGCGACCAGGUGCCCAUCUUGCACAAGCCGACGUUUUCUCCAGAUCGGAUGCCACCUCUGCUGCUCAUUGCCAUGAUGGCCAUCGGAGCGGCCUGCCUCGACAAAGCAGUUGGACGUGAGACGGUCAAGGCCAGUUUUGAGCUGUCCCAAUUUCUUGCGUGGCACCUGAGGUGGGAGCUUUUCAUGGAUUCGAGCUUCCGCCCGCCGGCCAAGCUGUGGGUGUUCCAGACGCUGCUGCUCCUAGAGCUGUACGAGAAGAUGUACUCGACCAGAGAGCUGCACGAGCGGGCCCAUAUCCACCACGCCACCACGAUCACGCUGAUGCGGCGUGGGCGAUCCCUUCUCGGCAAGUCGGCUCUCGACUCUCCGCCGAACCCGCGCGGUGAGCGAGGGAGCAGUUCUCGACACUCGUCGACUUCGGGAGUGGCCCACACAGAGGACGACUGGUGGAAUCACUGGAUCACCAACGAAGCCACGCGGCGCACUGCCUUUGCCGCGUUUGUGAUCGACUCGAUCCACGCCACCAUGUUUGGCCACUCGACCGUCAUGGUGGCGCACGAGAUGCGUCUACCGCUACCUUGCGAUGAGAGUCUGUGGCAGGCCUCGAAUGGAGCGGAGGUGGGAAGGAUCGAGGCGAACCAUGCGUCCAACGGCAUCAAACCGAUCUCGUUCCUGGAAGGCCUGAAGAGGACGCUGAGCGGACACGAGGUGCAGACCAACUCGUUCGGCCGCACCAUUCUGAUGGCCGGGCUGCUGAGCGUGAGCUGGCACAUGAACCAGAGAGACCUACAGGUCAAUGUUCUCGGCGGCGGUGUAUCCCAUGCGCUCGGCGGGCGCGACAAGUGGCGUGGUACCCUCACGCGGGCUUUCGACUCGUGGAAGGCCGACUUUGACAAGACGCUGCGCAGGGGCGAGCAUGGAACCGACCCCUACUACUCGUCCAACUCGACAAAGUCGGCCGAGACGAACGUCGUCUUCGAGAGCCGCAUGGUGCUGCACCACCUGGCCCACAUGGCGAUGCACGUCGACAUUGUCGACUGCCAGAUCUUUGCGCGGGCCAAGAGGCUACUGGGGCGGGCGAUCGGGACGCAGGAUCUCAACAGCGCCCAGCGGCGGAUGCGCGACAUCUGGGCGCCCUCGGCCAAGGCGCGAGACGCGACGUACUACGCGCUCAAGUUCCUGGGUUCGGUGCUCCUGAGCGAGGACCCCAACGCGGGGUCGUCGAUGGGCGGCGGCUACGGGCAGACGGCGCUGCCGUACUCGGCGCGCGACGACGUGUCGCUGAACCGGUCGUGGGUGCUCUACUUUGCGGCGCUGGUGGUGUGGUGCUACGGCUUCGCGCUCGAGGGGCCCUGCCCGGCGGCGCCGCUGGCGACGUCGCGGCACGAGCAGGUGGCGCAGAUGCGGCAGUACCUGCAGACGUACGCGAGCGUGUCGUCGCCCGAGGAGCUCAAGACGCGCAAGGGGGUCAACCAGAACAGCUCGCUGCUCAUGGUGCUGCGGGACAUCUUCCAGGAGACGCGGUGGGAGCUGCUCAACGAGGGGGCGACGCUGCUGGGGAACUGCAUCCAGCUCAACUCUGGGGGUGGGUUGGGGUAA